AUGGACUCGGGACAUUCAGGCCAUCAUGGAGAUCACGGAAUGCCCAUGGGCGAUAUGCCGAUGGGGGACAUGCCCAUGUGUUCGAUGAAUAUGCUGUGGAACAAUCAAGUAGAGGACGUGUGCGUCGUCUUCUCGAGCUGGCAUAUCCGAGGCUGGAUGACCAUGGCUAUAUCCUGUCUCGCCGUCAUGGUUAUCUCAAUCCUUUACUCCUCCCUCCUCCACUAUAUCAAGCAAUUCGACACCACCGUCGCCUAUGCCCUUCACAACGCCGACAAAGGAGGGGCAGGCGCUGCUCGGAGAGAAAGCAGGAGAGAGAGCCUCAUACUGCCUAUACCUAAUAGCUAUCAGACGGUAGAGGGAGGCGGAGGAAACAGUAGGGCUGGAAUUGUCAAGCUGAGCGCCCAUAUCCGACUGAUGCGAGCCGGGAUGUAUGCGCUAUCAGUGGCCAUCUCAUUCUGGCUGAUGCUGGUCGCAAUGACCUACAACACCUAUCUCUUCCUCUCGAUCGUGGUCGGCGCCUUCGUCGGGCAUGUGCUAUACGAGGGAGAUAUGGACGUGGGGUCGAUAUUGAACGGGGCUUUCGGGAAGGGACUGGCGUGCCAUUGA